AUGGAAUCGUGCGGUGGCGUUUAUACCGCCGAUUUGGAAUUCCAUGUCCGCCGCUCAUCAUCCCUCCACAACCCGGAGCCCAACCCAUAUCCAAUCGACGACUCUAAACUAUCCGAAGUCUCUGCUCUCACCCCGUCGAGCAGCUUUUUCUCAGUCCUCUCCCACCCGGCGUCUGUUCAAGCGCCAAGCAUCGCAAACAGUAUCAUGUCCCGACACCGUUGCUGCUUCGGAUCUUGCCGACUUCGCGUCGGAGCAUGUGUCAUCGGAAUUGCGUGUAUUUUGAUCUCGAUUUUGUCUCUCUGCUCCCUUCUCUCCGUAUCCACCACAAUGUCAUCAGAUGCUCAAUCCUUCCUAACCACUCCGAUCGUCUUGUCCCUUGUCCAGUUCGCCACGUCGAUGAUAAUGAUUGUGGCAGUGCUCACCAGCUUCCAUUGGCUUCUGGCACCAUUCAUGAUGUCAUGUGCUGCCAACUUGCUCGCCCUUGUUGUCCUCUGCUCCUGGGGAGUCUUGCGUCGUCAUGAGCUCUCCACUACCAUCGUCACAAUACUUCUCCUCGGUGCCACAGGAAUCGCCGUUGUCUACUUCUGGUUCCUGACAAUCAUCUCAAUGACAUUUGUCUUGAUUCGAGAUCGCAAAAUCAUGGGAUACGACGACGAGUACGACAUCGAGAAUCGACAAUUCGACAGAGCCAGCAGUUCAAUUGUUUAA